CGCAAUCGCUUCUUCCGGUGUGAGCGACAGUAGAAGACGAAGAAAGUUCCUAAGUUAGACAGCAAUCAUGGAGGUGUUUGUUUGUAGUCCUGGUCGAUCCAAGUUUUCUAACUGUUUGUUUACAGAGGGUUCUGUUGUCAGAGAUCUUCUGCUGCGUUUCGUCCAACAAUUGGAGGCGUCGCCACAUGACCUGUACGUCAGCAAAGAUGGACGUCUGGCCAGCCUGGAUGAUCACCUGCAGGGCGGAGCUGUCUAUCAUUUGCAGCCGCGCCUCCUCGGAGGGAAGGGAGGGUUCGGUUCCAUGCUGCGAGCUCUUGGCGCUCAGAUCGAGAAGACGACCAAUCGCGAGGCCUGCAGAGAUCUGAGCGGACGACGCCUGCGAGACGUCAACCAUGAGAAUGAGAUGGCUGAUUGGCUGAAGAAGCAGACGGAGCGCGAGGCGGAGAAGGAGCAGCGUCGUCUGGAGCGUCUGCAGCGGAAGCUGCUGGAACCCAAACAUCAGUUCAGCGACGCCUCCUACGAGCAGCAGUGUCACGACUUAUCCGAGCGACUCGAGGACUCGGUGCUCAAAGGUCUGCAGGCAGCGUCCAUCCCCGAGGUGAGCGCCCAAGUUUCUCCAAAGAGAAAAGCCUCCAGUCAGAGUGAGCCGCCAAUCAAAAAGCAGAAGAAAAUGGGGGCGUGUUUUUGGAGUGGUUUUGACGAGCUGAUGAGCUCAGAGGAGGAAGACGAUUCUCCAUCCACCUCCACCUGUGAAGCUGCCGCUACCAUGACAACACAGUGGGCGGAGCCAGGGCCGAGCUGCAGCUUGGUGGCCACGCCCCCUCAAGAAGCCGUCAAGGCGCAGAGGGCCAUGCCUCCUAAGGAGGAAGCCAGGGCGCACAAGGCCACGCCCCCUAACGAGGAAGCCGGGGCGCACGAGGCCACGCCCCCUAAAGAGGAAGCCGGGGCGCACAAGACCACGCCGCCUAAAAAGGAACCCGAGGUGCAGAAGGCCACGUCCCCUGAAGAGGAAGCUGAGGCACAGAAGGCCACACCCCCUAAAGAGGAAGCUGAGGCGCAGAAGGCCACACCCCCUAUAGAGGAAGCUGAGGCGCAAAAGGCCACACCCCCUAAAGAGGAAGCUGAGGCGCAGAAGGCCACACCCCCUGAAGAGGAAGCUGAGAUGCAGAAGGCCACACCCCCUGAAGAGGAAGCUGAGAUGCAGAAGGCCACACCCCUUAAAGAGGAAGCCGAGGCGCAAAAGGCCACGCCCCCUAAAGAAGAAGCGGAGGCGCAGAGGGUCACGCCCCCUCAAGUAGAAGCAGAGGCGCAGAAGGCGUCCUGCCGCUCACCUGAGCCACAGCCUGGGGAAGAUGCUGAUGGAGGCGCGGUGACCGUCAGCGUGUCAUCAGCCACGUGUGUUCAACAGUUGGAACGUUUGGGUCUGGAGGUUCUCAAACAAGAACUGAUGCGUCGAGGAGUGAAGUGCGGCGGGACGCUGAGCGAGCGUGCGGCUCGCCUCUUCGUCGUAAGAAAUCUGCAGGUGGACCAGAUCGACCCGACGCUGCUCGCCAAGCCUGCCAAGUCCAAGAGGAAAUGAAGACCGGUGGAACAGAAAAGGAAGCCUUUUUAUUUUUUGUGUACCUUUUUACCUCACUUUUUUUAGACUUCGGCUCGUCCAGCUCCUUAAAACAUUGAACGUCCCCGACAUUCACCGCCACCUCAGAUGUUGACGUCAUCUUUGGGGUGCUUCAACACUGCCAGUGAAACACAUCCACUCUUCAAUAAACUUGUAAACAAAGCUUAAGGU